CAAACAGCCAGGCCGCACCAAGCUUUCGCAUCGCUCAUGGCGGACCUUGCAGCCCUGCAAACCGAGCUGAAGGCCGCCAAGGAGCGCUGGGAGGACCUCAAGUUGGGCAAGGCCAAGAAGGAGGCGGAGACCUUCCCGUUCCCCGUUUGGGCCAUGCUGGCGACGCAGCAACCUCCGGCCGCCAAGGCAUUUGAUGUGUACGAGAUUCCGGUGAAGCUCAUCAUCAAUGGCCUUGAGCCCAACCUUUGCGUGGAGGUGCCCAGUCCCGAGCUGCCGGCGCAAUUGCAGGCCAAGAUCGCGGAGGCGGUCCUCAGCGCCUGGAAGAAGCAUCUCACGAAGAAAGCGCCCUGGGGAAUAGGCCCAACCUUCGAAUGGGUGUCCACGAACUUCGCGAAGCUGUUGACGCUGGAUACGGACUGCCUGCACCCCUACGAGGGCUGCGAUGAGAAUGACUGCAGCAUGAGAAGGUAUGCCAUCGGUCCGCCGGCGGCACCGCCGGCGGAGGAGGAGGAUGAGGAGGAGAGUGAAGAGGAAAGCGAAGAGGAGGAUGACGAAGAAGCAAUUGCCAUGCAGGAGAGGCUUGCGGCGCUUCUUCUUGAAGUGGAGGGUCAAGACGGAGAUGGAAGAAAGAAGCUGAGCCCCGAGGAGAUCGAGCGGAAGAGGAAGGAAGCUGAGGAGCUAGGGGAGAAGGCUCGAACUCUGUCGAAGAAGGAGCGCGAAGAAAUGAACAAGACCCGGAAGGAGAAGGCGGGCCACCGCCUGGCCAAGACGGGCUCGAAGAGUCGGAAGUUCGAGGGCGAUGGCGCCACCUCCAAGGAGGAGAAGAAGAAGAAAAACCAGCAGAACGUGAAGAAGCGUUUUGGGAUCGCCUGAAGUUGAGUUGAGCAGAGGUGAGCUUUGGCAUUGCAAAGCAGGCCCUUGCAAGUGGAUUGGACGUGGGAGAUUCCUGUGACGCUGACUAUAGUGGGCCCAGC